AAUGAGGCAGGAGGAGUGCGGUGAGGGGCAGGGGGAGGAGAUCAGCGGCUCCAUCACUCGGAGUAGGGGAAAGGUCGUCAGUGCCUCAGCGGACGGACACCCGGGAGGAUGCAGAGCGCCCUGCACUACGCCAAUGCCUUAUCCCCGAAGGCUCUGAUCCGAUCAGUAACAACUGUGGGUUCUUCAUUGACUCGAAAAGUUCUUUUCCAACCUCUUCCUCCCCCACAACGGCCCUUUCGAGUAUCCAAUUGUGACCGAAGCAGACGGAAGGGUAUAGUAGCUGGAACAUUAAAUGAACUCCUAGAAAAGGCAGUUGAGACGUUAUUUAUUUCCACUACUGUCAUAACCCUGGUGCUAGAAGAAGAUGGCACAGUUGUCGACACAGAAGAGUUCUUUCAGUCUUUGGAGGACAACACCCAAUUUGUGCUUCUUGAAGGACAACAGAAGUGGGCACAAGGAAGAAACUUUACACGAUCUACCCAGCAAGUGAACAAGAAGGGAAUAGCCAAUAUUACACUGGAUUUGUACAAGUUGAAUCCCAAGGAUUUUCUUGGCUGUUUGAACAUAAAGGCAACCUUUUAUGAAAUGUACUCUGUAUCUUGCGAUAUUAAAUGUUUGGGUGCAAAAAGAGUCCUUCGGAGCUUUCUGCGGAUGCUGUCACAUCUUGCUCAAGUAGCUGGGCAUUUGCUCCUGUACGGUGGCUCGUAUAUUCUUCAGUGGACAGAAGAAGAUGAAAGAACGUAUAGAAGAGCACAAAACUCUUAAAAUACAAAUGCAACAUCCUUUAUUAUCUCCAUAAUGUAUAAGUAUACACUUUUCACUAGCUAAAGCUCAUUGUAGCAAUAUACUUUUCAGGAUAACCACAAAGGCAACAUGUACAUGUUUUUUAGAGUCAUCGACAUAUUCUUUUUUUCCAUAUGCACUUUUUGUACAGCUUGUAUUUAUUUUUUUAUUUUCAUGUGUAAUUCUUCCACUUACGAUGAUAAAGCAUCUCCUCAUAUUUACGUGUCUCUUUAGUUCUGUUACUAAGCUAACCUAAUAUAUUUUACCUCCAGUUCUAAUAACUACUUAUUGUUUACAUUUGUUAUUCUUUAUGUUUACAUACAUUGUUUUAUUAUCUGGUCUGGCAUGAGCACCUUAUAAAAUAGCUCCCUAUAUCUCAGCUUCCCAGACCUUGGAGGAAGUAGGUUAUUGUGGUAAAGCCAGAUUCUCACUCCUGUACUA